AUGAGCCUCCUCAACAAGCCCCAGAGUGAGAUGACACCAGAGGAGCUGCAGACGGAGGAGGAAGAGUUUAACACAGGGCCACUCUCCGUGCUCACCCAGUCGGUCAAGAACAACACCCAAGUGCUCAUCAACUGCCGCAACAAGAAGCUCCGGGGCCGUGUGAAAGCCUUCAAUAAGCACUGCAACAUGGUGCUGGAGAACGUGAAGGAGAUGUGGACUGAAGUCCCCAAGAGUGGCAAGGGCAAGAAGAAGUCCAAGCCAGUCAACAAGGACCGCUAUGUCUCAAAAAUGUUCCUGCACAGGGACUCGGCCACUGUGGUCCUGUGGAGCCCGCUCAUUGCCGGCAAGCAGGGGCCUCCUCCCUGCCACCAGAACUUGCCCCCUCAUUUUGCAAAGACCUGCCCUUCGUGCUGGGGAUAA